AGCCAACCCACUCAGCUAGGAGGUUGGAGGGAAGAGGAGGAGGGAAAAAGAGGCUUGGAGUAGAGCCUCCAACGUGGAGAAGCUCCCUAAACCUGCUCCCUCCGAGCCCUUGCUGCUGCUGCUGGCCAAGGCGAUGCUUUCUUUUUUCCUUGCCUGCAAAGGGCUGGUCAGACUUGUUGCAAGGAGGAGGCUGCCUUUGCAAAUCGAGCCCAAGAUCCAGCUGGGAAGAAGGCAUUCCUCUGGCUUCCUUGGCGUGGAGCAAAAGUGGCCCCUGGAUGUAGCUGCAGGCAAGAGAGGGAUCCACUCCUCCUAGCCCUCCUCCUCCUUUUUCUUGUCCAUCUUCUUCCUUCCUUCCUUGGGAGGGGAUCUGGCCCUUUCCAUGGGGACUGGGGGCUCUUUGGUCUUGGGGCCCCCAUCUGGGCUGGAUCUUGGAGGAGGGGACUGACUGAAGGGGGAGAAGGGGUCCAAGGGGUGCCUUUCGGGGGCAGCCAUGCAGAGGAGCAGCCUGAUGGGGAUGCCCAGCCCGGAACCCAGCGGCUCUUACUCCCAGCAGUUCAAAGCCAUGAGGUUUUCCUAUCACAUCGAAGGGGGAGCAGCAGCAACAGCAGCAGCCACUUCGCCCCAAAGCCGAGCCUUAGGUCAUGCUCAUCCUCCACGGCUCCUGGUCAAAAGCCUCUCAUUGGAACCCAGCCCAGAACCUCGCUCCCCAGAAGUCCCCCAGCGACUCAUCUCUGACCCAGGACCUGACAACAGCCAAGGGGAAGCAGCCAAGCUCAGGCCACUCAAGCGAAAUCCAGGACCAAAGCCACAAGUUCCUCCCAAGCCAGCCCAUCUGCAGAGUAUUCAGCCACCGCGACUUCCUGAAUCCAUCCCUCCACCCCCAUCACGACCCCUCCCAGCUGAUCCCCGCUUGAGCCGGAGCCCCUUGCCAAAAGAUGGACCUGGGUCACUCUCUGCUGUCUCCUGUCUCAUUGAGAAGUUUGAAAGAGAACCUGUAAUCCUGACGGUUGAGCCAGCCCCCUCCCCGUGCCCCAGCCCAGAUCUCCAGACCCCAGAGGCCAGUUCUAUGGAGCCCCUACUAGAUCGCCCAGCUUCCCUGGAAUCGGCAGAGCUGGCUCACAAACUCCUGGACCUCCUGGCACUGGAUGGGGGACAAGAGGCUGCAGGGAAUAUUGCCUGCUUGCCCUCUCAUGAUGGUGGGAAGCUGGCAAACCGAGACAGUGGCAUUGACAGCAUCAGCUCACCAUCCAACAGUGAGGAGAUCUGCUUUGGAGGAGAUGACGGCACUGGAGAGGGAACAGGGGCAUCAGCACCACCCGUUGUCAUCAAGCGCCGCUCAACUCGAGAUUCUGAAGGGGACAGUGACAUGGAUGAUGGGAGUGGGGAUGAAGCUGAGCUGCUCCCUGAGCUUCCACCUCCCCAGCCAGAGAGACAGGACUCUGAUGAGAUGACAGUGCCACAGAAAGUCUUCCGAAUUGCUAAUGAGCUUCUCCAAACAGAAAAGGCCUAUGUAUCUCGCUUGUAUCUGUUGGACCAGGUCUUCUGUGCCCGUCUGCUGGAAGAAGCACGCAGCCGAAACUCUUUCCCUGUCGAUGUGGUGAUGGGCAUUUUUGCCAACAUCUGCUCAAUUUACUGCUUUCACCAGCAGUUCCUGCUGCCAGAACUGGAGAAACGUAUGGAAGAGUGGGACCAACACCCUCGCAUUGGGGACAUUCUCCAAAAACUGGCCCCAUUCCUUAAGAUGUAUGGCGAGUAUGUCAAGAAUUUUGACCGGGCCAUGGAGCUGGUCAACAUCUGGAUGGAGCGCUCAGCCCAGUUCAAGGGUAUCAUUCAUGAUGUACAGCGGGAAGAGAUCUGUGGGAACCUGACCCUGCAGCACCACAUGCUGGAGCCAGUCCAGAGAAUCCCUCGCUACGAGCUGCUCCUGAAGGACUAUCUCCUCAAGCUGCCUCCGGAUUCACCCGACUGCAAGGAUGCCCAGAAAUCCAUGGAACUUAUUGCCACUGCGGCAGAGCACUCCAAUGCAGCCAUCCGCAAAAUGGAGAGGAUGCACUCCUUGCUGAAGGUCUAUGAGCUGCUUGGAGGAGAGGAAGACAUUGUCAGUCCCACAAAUGAACUCAUCAAGGAAGGGCACAUCCUCAAGCUUUCUGCCAAGAAUGGUACAACGCAAGACCGGUACUUGAUCCUGUUCAAUGACCGUUUGCUGUACUGUGUGCCAAAGUUACGUCUCAUUGGCCAGAAAUUUGGAGUCCGUGCUCGCAUAGAUGUGGAGGGAAUGGAGCUGAAAGAGACCAGCAGCCUCAAUGUGCCCCGAACCUUCCUUGUAUCAGGGAAACAGAGGUCCCUAGAGCUUCAGGCCAGAACUGAAGAGGAGAAGCGAGACUGGAUCCAGGCAAUACAGGCGACAAUCCAGAAGCAUGAGCAGACUCUGGAAAUGUUCAAACAGCUGGUCAGUGAAGAUGAAACACCACCCAAUUCGCCGGGAUGUGAGCUGGGCCGACGGGCUCCCACACCAAUCCGGGAAAAAGAGGUGACCCUGUGUAUGCAAUGCAAGGAGUCCUUCAAUGCCCUCACCAAGCGGAGGCACCAUUGCCGGGCCUGUGGUCAUGUUGUCUGUGGGAAAUGUUCAGAGUUCCGGGCCCGCCUGGUAUACGACAACAAUCGGCCUAACCGUGUCUGUACCGACUGCUACACAAUGCUACAGGGCUCCCCCGCAAGCCCCUCACCACACCCCAAUACACCUCAGCGCCGAAGGUCCAUUCUGGAGAAACAGGCUUCUGUGGUGGCAGAGAACAGUGUGAUCUGCAGCUUCUUGCACUACAUGGAAAAAGGCGGGAAGGCCUGGCACAAAGGCUGGUUUGUCAUCCCUGAAAAUGAACCCCUGGUCCUGUACAUCUAUGGAGCUCCGCAGGACGUUAAGGCCCAGCGCUCAAUGCCUCUCAUUGGCUUUGAAGUCAACCUCCCUGAGCCUGGUGAACGGGUGGAUCGACGCCACGCUUUCCGGAUCAGCCAGAGCCACCUGUGCUGGUAUUUUAGCCCCGAAACUGAGGAGCUACGGCAGCGAUGGAUGGAGGUGCUGAGCCGGGCUGGCCGUGGAGAAGAAGGCAAGGGUCCGCCUUCCAUUGUGGAGGCUGAUGAGGAUACAGAGGCAGAGAGAACCUAGACAUGGAGGCUGUGGAAGAAGGACAAGUUGGUGCCUCUGCCUGCACUGGGAAACUUGCUCACCAUUCUCUGUCCAGUAUACUUGAAGCAGUCUCUCCUUCCCAUCCUGCUGCACUUUCUUUUUUCUUUUCUUCAUCAGCAUCAAGGACCUGCCAUGGGCCAUCUCCUGCCUCUCCUGUUACAAAGACCUGCCCUCACAGCCACAAAGUUCCCUGCUCUUCCUGGCUGUAGGAUUAAUACAUGUACACUGAGACUUGCGUCAGGUCAGUUCCUUGUCCAGCCAUAGCAUGUGGGAACCCAACACUUCCCUUCCUUUCCCUUCCACCCUCCAAGGAGAAACUGAUAAAAAAAGAAGAUUUCUUCCUUCCAACAUGCACUCCCUCCCCUUGUUGUUUACAUCUUGGACCAAUAUCUGUUCUUCCAGUCUCCACUGCUUAUUUAGCACUUACUGAACAUAUCUCCACUGCAGUGGCUUGGGAAAAAGGGGUGGGGAGAAUAAGAAACUGACAUGGACCCAAUUUUAUUUCAAUGGGGUGCUUUUUGGUCUCUGCUUGCGCAUUGGUCUCCCUCCUUUGUCAUCUUUCUUCCCAUGUUUGUGUGAUACUGGGUGAAAUUUUACCUAUUUGUUUUCCCCCCACUGCUAGCUACUUUGAGAUAGAAAAAACUGAUUUUAACAUGCCUCAGAUUUAGCAGAUUUCAAUAGGAUCUGAAGCCUCCCUAUUUAGGAGGAGAAUAAGCACUAAAGGGAAAUAAAGAGCUAGCUUUGGAGAAGAAAAACCACAAGGCAAGGUCCCCUCUUACAGUGAAAUCCUCUCUUUCUCUUCCCAAAAAGGUGGACCAGGUUAAUGAACUGCUACAUUCCAAUACUUUACUCUUCAUCCCCCUACCAUUUCCUUGGUUUUUAAUGGCAGUCUUCUCUCGUGCAUUCACUAAAGACUUCCCAAGACUUCUUUCAUGCAUUGACUAAAGUCAAUGGAAUUGCACAACACUGCUGGUGACAUUCAUGUAACAUUUGCUCUUCCAGUUGGCGGGUUGAUUUAAAAACAACAACAAAAACAAAUUCUGAAUGGCAAAUUAUGCGCUAAGGUGCUUUCCAAAUGUGAGAGAAUGCAAUAAAAGUGCACAAAAUUCAAAAUAAAUGUUAGGAGGGGAUUAUAAAAUGGAUCUUCUAAGUGACAGGUAAUCUAAAAGAAAUAUAACCUUCAGGUGCUUCUUUGUGAAGAACAUGGAGUGUAGAAAUAACAUGAAGAAAGGUCCUGUGUGGAGCAGGCAGUCAUACACAGAACUCCUUCCUGCCACAAAAGAGGCUGGUACACUUGAGCACAGUAUGCGCACAAGCUGAAUCGGAGCCAAGGCUUCACACAAUGGCCUGGUAUGAGUCCCAUUCAUAUCAUUGUGAAUGUAAGAGUUGCCUUCCAAUGUCAUUAAGAUCUUUCCAUGACAGUAAAGGAUUUCAAAUUGUGGUCUAUGCACAAUCUCAUCUUAGAUGGGCCACACAAAGACUGCAAAAUAAUCUAGAAUAUCUGUUCUUGACUCUGCACUUGACUUGCUUUUUUGUUUUGUUUUUUUAAACAAAAGUGAUUGAUGCCAUUUUGAAUAGGACUGGUUUUCUAGAGGUGUCUAACCAGGUCCUAACAUUGUGAUUUUAAGAAUAUGGAGCUUGUGGAGUCAACUAAUUCCUACCAAUUUUUUCCAUGUAAGGGGCUCUUCUCAGAGGUGUCUCUAUAAUACCAAUAAUGCACUGCUAGUUUUGAUGGUGCUGCCAUGGUAGAAAAGAACACUAGAGUAUUCUGUUUCCAACAGUCACUAGCCUACUGCAGCCAGAACCUUUGCAGGGUAUGACAGCAAUAGCCAUUUUUUUCCUCUUUGCUGCCAAGAUCUGGAAAAGUGGGCAAGUUCACACACCACACUAAGCCAUCUUUGAUGAUUUCAACAGUAGCUGAUGAAACAAUACAGUUUGCUUUUCCUGUCUCAGCACCUGUCUCUGGGUGGGUAGCUGGAGAAAAAAAAGUUUUACAUUUGUACGGAACAAGCCAUUUUCUAAACAAGCUGGAAUUCAUAAGCUAGCAAAUCAUAGCUUCUAAUUUUGACUAGUUAACCAUAGUUUGUGGGGAUGGUCUCAGGCACAACAAGAGGCCAAAAUCCAAGACUUAACUGUUGUGCAAUGUCUUACAGAAAGUUGGUGCUAACAAGAACACUGGAGGUUCAUAUGGGAGUUCCAUUUCCCUACUAUGCCCAAUAAAGCAAUGGAUACGCCCUUACAAAUAAGACAUGGUUGAAUAGGAAAGGCCUGUUGCUCAACCAGAUGCUUGUGCACACUAUGCUUCUGGUAGGUUAUACCAAAAGAUAAAACCUGAGGAUCCACCAUACCUCCUUUUCCUCAUUGAGUUGCUCCCCUUCUUGGUAAAAUGCACUUAUAAUGGCUGACACUCUUUGAGUUCUGAUCCUCACUGGACCGGAGGUUCUUCAGACUCCAGUUUACUCCAUCAUUGCUGGUACUGUUUCAAGUUAAAAGUGAGUGUGUGUGUAUGUGUGUGUGUGUGCAUGUGGGGGGUGUCCCUUUCCCUGUUUUAUGUAGGUUUCCUGGUGGUGCCCAUU